ACAGGCAGAGUCGGAGGACUCGAUCAGUACCCUAAGGGACGGACAUGGCAAACCGGUUCCGUCUUCUUCCCAAACUCCCCGCCGGAACCCUCACCAAAACCCAGAAUCACGCUUCUCUCCUACUCUGCAAAUUCCUAUGUUCCGGUUCCCCACCACCAAAUCUCGACCACGUUGAACCCGCAAAUUCUCAAGACCGAGACCGCCACGAACAGGUUCGGAAGCUCCGAAUACUGCUCGAACAAUGUCACACCGACACCGCCCGAAAGCUGAUCAAGUCUCUCAUACUCUCAAAAAAUCCCUUCUCUUCCCCAUCGGACCUCUUCUCCCUCUUCUCCGUCUCUGCGCCUCCAUUGAAAGCUACGUUCUCUGACUUGCUGCUAUCAGUCUGUGCCGAAUCGAAGCUACCCAACGAAGCUGCGGAGUUGUUAAUGUUGAUCAGGAAAGACGGCAAGUUUCCUUCUUUGUUUUCCUUCAAUCUCUUUCUUGAAUCUUUGGUGUCUUCGGGUCAGUAUACUAAGGCACUGGAUUUGUUUACGGAAGUAGUCAAUUCUGGUAUUCGGGUUGAUAAAUUUACUUAUGGCAAGGCAAUACAGUCGGCGGUGAAAUUGGGUGACUUGGAAAGGGCUGUGAAUUUGAUGGCAUAUAUGAAGAAACGUGGAGUAAAUCCUAACGGGUUUGUGUAUAAUGUGCUGAUUGGUGGCUUGUGUAAAGAGAGGAGAAUCAAGGACGCAUGGGAGCUGUUUGAUGAAAUGAUUAAGAGAAAGGUGGUGGUGAAUCGUGUUACUUAUAAUACGCUGAUUGAUGGGUGCUGUAAGGUGGGGGAUUUGGAGGAAGCGUUUAAUCUGAGGGAAAGGAUGAAGGCGGAGAAUGUGGAGCCAAAUCUUGUUACGUACAAUUCAUUACUUAGUGGGCUAUGUCGGGCGCAGAAGACAGAGGAAGUAGAGAAACUGUUGAAAGAAAUGAAAACUCAUGGGUUUGACCCGGAUGGAUUCACUUACAGUAUACUUUUUGGUGGAAACUCAAUUUGUGGUAAUGUGGAUGAGUCACUGGCUUUAUAUGAAGAAAUUCUCAGGAAUGGGAUUGAGCUCAAUGAUUGUACUUCUGCCGUUUUGUUAAAUGGGCUGUGCAAGGGAGGGAAAAUGGAUGAGGCCAGGGAGGUUUUGAGGAAGAUGACUGAAAAUGGGCUUGUUCCAACUGAAAUGAUGUAUAACACAAUUCUGAAUGGAUAUUGUCGCACUGGUGAAAUGGAGAAAGCCCUUUCAACUCUGGAGCAAAUGGAAACUGAUGGGCUCAAGCCAAGCUGCAUCACAUUUAAUCCACUGAUCAACAAGUUCUGCAAAAUGGGUAAUAUGGCUGAAGCUGAGGAGUGGCUUAAGAAGAUGACAGAGAAAGGAGCUUCCCCAGAUUUGCAGACAUACAACAUUCUAAUUGAUGGGUAUGGAAGGAGUUGUCAAUUUGAUAAGUGUUUUCAGAUUCUUGAGGAAAUAGAAAAUAAUGGGUUGAGGCCCAAUGUAGUAAGCUAUGGGUCUCUCAUACACUGUUUAUGCAAGGACAGUAAGCUUCUUGAAGCUGAAAUAGCACUCAGAGAUAUGAUAGGCAGAGGUAUUAUGCCAAAUGCACAGAUAUAUAAUAUGAUUAUUGAUGGUCAUUGCACAAGAGGGAAUUUGAAAGAUGCCUUCAGGAUUUUUGAUGAAAUGUCAAGAGGUGAUAUUUUUCCAACAGUUGUAACGUACAAUAUACUCAUUCAGGGGCUCUGUCAAAAGAGUAAGGCAGUGGAAGCCGAGGAAUUGGUAGUUCAAAUUGCAAACAAAGGAUUAAAACCAGAUGUUAUCACAUACAAUACACUAAUCUCUGGAUAUGCUGGUAUAGGGAACUUUCAAAGGGCUAUCGAUUUGUAUGAGAAUAUGAAGGCUGCUGGCAUCAAAGCUACUCUACAUACAUUUCAUCCUCUAAUCAGCUUAUGCCACAUGGGUGGUCUGGUUAUGCUAGAGAAAAUGGUCCAAGAAAUGUCAAAGAUGAAUUUGACUCCUGAUCGACUCAUAUAUAAUGAGCUUAUUCAUUUCUACGCAGAGCAUGGAGAUGUUCAAAAGGCUUUUUCUUUGCACUGUGAGAUGGUAGAUCAUGGUAUUCAGCCUGACAAGAUGACAUACAAUAACUUGAUUGUUGCUCGUUUUAAAGAGGGAAAGUUGCAGGAAGUGAAAGAUCUCGUUAACAAUAUGAAGACGGGAGGAUUGUUUCCUAAAUCUGAUACUUACAGCAUACUGAUUAAGGGGCAUUGCCAUCAUGAGGAUUGCAACGGGGCAUAUUUUUGGUAUAGAGAAAUGCUUGAGAAUGGAUUCCAGCCAGACAUCAAUAGCUCUAAUGAGCUUGCAUCUUGCUUUAGGAACCAAGGAAGGUUGCAAGAGGCUGAGGAUAUCCUCUCAGAGAUGAGCAUUAAAGGAAUAGAUGUCUAGUGCAGAAAUGAGAAUCUUUAUGCUGCAUCCAAAAUGUGAUGGCAAACAUUUAGGCAUUAAGCAGCUUGCAGCUCUAAGGAAUGCAAAGAUGUUCUCUCACCAUUCAGAUGUCUAUUGAAAAGGAUUCACAGUAGAGGAUUAUUGCUUGGUGCAAAUUUUGGAAGCUCCAGGCUUUGAAGUUUUGUGAAUGAACAAAUGCGUUGAGAACAGGGGCCAAGCCGGUGAAAGCCAAAAAAUGCAGGAUUGAUGCAUACACUCGCUAAAUCUUCUGGAUUUUGUUCUCAUGGUAUUGGUACCAAAAAAAUAAGGUAUACGAUAUUAGAAAAAAAAAACAAAUUCUUUUGGCGAUUAUUGAAAAUUGGUAUUAUAAUUUCAAAAAAAUGGUGUAGUGGUAGAAAUUAGAGUUUAUUCUCUUAGAACUCAAAAGUGCAAUCUACAGCAUUAGAAAUUGAGAAUUCUCAAUAUUUUAAAAAAUUGGUGAUACAACUCCAAAAAGGGGCUUGCAAUGUUAGAAAAUAAGAUUUGUCCCCGCAGUACUAACAAAUGGGUCUACAUUAAUGGUAAUAUGAGAUUUUUUGCAAUUGUAGAAAAUUAGUAUUCAGUUCCAAAACAAAAUGGAUAUAAUGCUAUAAAAUGAGAUUUUUUGCAAUUGUAGGAAAAAAAAAUUAGCGAUGUAGAAAAUUAAUGUUACAAAAAAAGCGAUAUAAUGCUAGAAAUUAGAGUUUGUCCUUGCAAUAUUAAAAAAUAAGGUAUGCAAUAUUAAUUUUUUUUAUAAUUAUAAAAAUUAGUGUUACGAUUCAAAAAAAUAAGAGUGUAGUGAUAGAAAUUGAAAUUUAUCCCCGUGGUUCUAAUGCAUAAAAUUUACUUUUCUAAUUUUUUUAAAUACUUAUAUCAUAUUUAAUUAUUUAUAGUGACCUAAUUUUUAAAAUAAAAAUAAGAGUAGACGAGACAGCACGCGAGAAUUGAAAAUUUGACUUACAUGAACACGACGCAUCCAACCCCGUCCGGUAAGUAGUCACGUGAUGUUUCACAUGUGGCCCAUGUCCAGCACUUAUUUAUCGCUUCAAACCUAAUCAUCCCGGCCUUACAAAUACUAGCGUACCGUCCCACUUCUCAAGCCACUUUGCCCUGUGUUAGUGUUAAUCUCUCUCCUUCUCUCAAAAGCCAGAUCUAAGCUACACAACCGAUGGCCACGAUUCAGAUCGUCAAGGCGAGACAGAUCUUCGACAGCCGCGGCAAUCCGACGGUGG